GAACACUCCUAUGUUUCCAUGACAACCGCGUAUAAACAUUCACGGGAAACAAAAUAAACAAACAAUAAUUUGUUAGACUUACAAUUCAAAAUGUUUAGAGGCGAUAAUUCUCAUUCCUUAAGUUAUGAACAACAAGCUAAGUUUAUUCAAGAUCGGAUUACAAGUGUGGAGAAAAACUUUGGAGAGCUUUAUGCCGUGUUUGGAACUUACACGCGGAAAACUGCAAGAUUACGCGACAUGGGCGAUGACGUAGCGAAAGCUCUAAAAGACUACGCUAACAACGAAAUAGUGAACAAGUCAUUGAGUUCUGGACUGGAGAACCUCUCUAUCACGCUCACCGCUAUUGAGGAGUACAGGAAUUGUGAAGUGCAACGAUUGGAAGCUAAGGUUCUCGGGGAGCUGUGCCAAUACGAAGCCAUCUGCAAACACACGAGAGAAGAGUUGAAACACACGAUGACUGUGAGGGAGAAGGAACUGGCACGGAAGAAGGUGCUCGACAAAGCUCGGGAGCGGCAACCGUUUAAUAGGCAGCAAGUGACUUACGCAGAAUCAGAAUUACUAAAAGCGUCAGCAGAAAUGUCGCGUACGGCCAAAGGCCUAAGCGAACAGACGGAGUUCUUUGAAAGGCGCAAACUUCAGCAGCUGAAGACUCUACUAUCGGACUUCGUCAUGAUUGAGAUGACUUUUCAUGCGAAGGCAGUCGAGCUCCUCACCAUAGCUCACCAACAAAUCGAAGAUAUCAACGACAAGGCCGAUCUAGAGAACUUCAGACGCAAACUGCGGUCUCCGGAGAAACCAGUGAACCAAGGGAUAUCUGCUAGAUCUUCGUCUCUCGCAUCUUUGAUGAACCAGCACUCGCCUUCUAAAGAAGAUGAUGAUUCUAUGAGUAUAAGAAGACAAAGGUCUCCGGAGAAAUUAGGCAGCAUAGGGCGGUCCAGUUCGUUGGCAGCUCUCAUGAACCAGUCCUCGUCGAAAGAUGAAGACGAUUCCACGGAAACCGAUAAUUCUGAAGAGGAUACAUCAGAAGAGACUGAAUCACGUUAGUUUAUUGUCUUUGUACGUACCUACGAUAACAUGAAUUUGAAUGUUAGCUAGAUUUAAGUUAAUGUAUUUAAGUUGGUUUGUAGUGUGAACAAUAAAAUAGGAUGGAAUAAUAA